GUAUAAUAAUAUAUCGUUGUAUUACAUAAGAUGUGUGAAUAUAAUCACAUCUUGUUGUAAAUAAAAAGAAAAAAAUAAAGACGGUGAUCUAUUUUACGACAUUUCGGCAGGGAGUCGGCAGGGAGGGUGCAAAAUUUGCAUAGCGAGAAUAUUUUUAAGGCAGCAACUGAUCGUGGUAUAAUGAUAUAUCGGUUAUAUGACAGAAGCUACGUGAAUAUAAUCGCACUAUAUUUUACGACAGUUCGCGCUUGAAGCCGGCAGCAAACACGCUCUGUGAGGAGGAGGGGGGAGCUAAAUUUGCACAGCAAGAAUACUUUUAAGGCAAAAAAAAAACUGGUUGUUGUAUAAUAAUAUAUCGUUAUAUUACAUAAGCGAUGUGAAUAUAAUCACACCUUGUUGUAAAUAAAAGAAAAAUUGUUUACACUUCGCGCUUAAAGUUGGCAGGGGGUGCAAAAUUUGCAUAGCAAGAAUAUUUUUAAGGCAACAACUGCUUGUGGUAUAAUGAUGUAUCGGUUAUAUUACAGAAGCUACGUGAAUAUAAUCGCGCUAUAUUUUACGACAGUUCGCGCUUUAAGUCGGCAACAAGCAAGCUCUUUUCUUUGAGGGGGAAAGUGAAUUUUUCAAAGCAAGUGUAUAAUUAAGACGCAUAUUUUUUGCUUUAUUAAUGUAUCAGAAUUUUUUUAAAAAUCCCCUACGUUUCUGAAAACCUGAGGAUUUACAUAUUAAUGUAGACUAAACCGAUUUUUUCACCUGUUUUCUACAAGGACAACCUACCAGAAAAUCCCCUUAAAUUUGCAUUUAUUGUUUCAUGUUUCAUGUUUCUGUAAAAAAAAAAAAAAAAAGGAAUGAAAACCAAACCAGAGUUUAAAAAAAGGGGAAAAAUCUAACAGUCAAAACCUCAAUCAACAAGUCUACUGAUGAGUAGAUAUGUGUUCACAACAGUGGUGCGCUUUUAUAGGAAAAUAAUCAAGGACAAAAUGGUGUGAUGGAUCAGAGUUAUUUCUGCUACACCAAAGUUGAGCAAACUGCAAUAAUAUCAAAUCCUGAAGUGUUUCACACCACAGAGGAACGUGCAAAUAAAUAGGGGGCAUACAAUCCCAUAUUGCCAUCAAAACCUGAACCAUCACCUCGACUCUAAGUUAAAAACAACAAACCAGGUCAUUGUCUUUACAACAGAACUCAAUCUUGAAAGUGACCUCUGUGACAAGCCAUUUUAACUGAAAACAGAAGAAUUAACCAGCUAGGAUUAAUUCUGAACUGAAGUCAAUCCUGCUGUGUCCAUAAUGAGCAUCCAUGUGAUGGGAAAAAUCUGUGUAUUCAAUAACUAGCUAGUUAGUUCACAACAUGAGGGGGGAAAAAACCUUGAGAGGAACCAAAAAAGGGUAACAUCCUCAUCUGGGAUGCACCGGAUAGAGAGAUUAUAAAUCGUUACCCUUCUAUAACUUCGUACUAAAAAGACGAACAGUGCUGUGUGUUGGAAAGCCCUUCAAUAUAAACACCAUGGUCAUUUAUGCUAGCUUUAAUAUCCAGGUAAAGGUUAUCCACUGUAGAUUGAUAACAGAUUUCACAAUUCUGUGUGAGCUAAUAGACUUGAAAAGCUGUUAUGAAUAAAACUAAAAAGUCGCAUGAGAUUUGAAUGUCUUUUGCUCAUGGAGCAUUCCACCAUUCCUACUGAUGUGGUUCACCUUGAGUUAAGUAGUCUUUGUUUGUCACAUAAACAUUUCUUCACAGUGAAAUUCUUUCUUGACAUCCUUGGGGGUUGGGGUCAGAGUGCAGGGUCAGCCAUGACACAGCGACCCUGGAGCAGGAUAGGUUGAGGUCCUUGCUCAAGGGCCAAAAGGUGGCAGCUUGGCGGUGCUGGGGCUUGAACCAUCAACGAUCAACACCCCGGAGCCUUAACCACUUGAGCUGCAACCACCCCAUGAGUUAGCAUGCUAACUAGAUUUAAAGAAGAAGAACUGAAGGCACGGAGUCUUUAUUAUCGCCACACAUGCGUUAUGGCACAGUGGAAUUCUUUUCUUCGCAGGUGAGGAAGUUGAGGUCAGAGUGCAGGGGCAGCUAUGACACAGCCCCUCUGGAGCAGUGAGGGUUAAGGGUCUUUGCUCAAUUGCCCAGCAGUAGAACUUGGUGGUGCUGGGUCUCGAACCCUGUUCCUUAACCCAGAGCCUUAACCACUUGAACUACCACUGCCCCAGGUGUCACGGCUGUAUAAUCACACAAUUUUCCUCAGAAAUCAUUAUGAGGAGAAUUAUAUGAUUAUACAUGUGAAGAUGGGGUUGUGGGCGUGUCUAUAAAAUGAGGCCAAACCAAAUACAAACAGGUUUCCAAAUUUGUUUAUUGAGAAAACUGUUUAAAAUCAUUUCUAAAUCAUUUCCAACACUAUUUGUAACAGUGAAAGUAAAAAAAAAAAAAACAUUGAGUAUUGCGCCUUUAAAUCUUAUUUCUUUCUGUUCGUGUUUCCUGUCACUUCUCAGAAUGCUAAAGGCUAACGACCCGAACCGACUUUAUAUAAACAAUUUCUUGCGCGAGCGUUUUUUUUCUUCUUCUUCUUCUUCCAGACUGACCAAUCCCCGAGCAGAACUUCUUCGCGAGCGAAAGAACGGUGACCAAUCACAGCGUGCGGAUUUGAGCACGGGCCGCGCAAGAAGGGGGGCGUGUCUUCUUUUCUUCCCUCGUAUCCGAAAACGGGUGCUGAAACAACAAAAAAAAAAAAACGAAGAGCGCCGCGGAAGGUUCGUGCUUUCCCACAAUGCAUCGCGUCUCAGCGGGAAACCAAAAUGGCGAGGCUGAAGAGAGAAAAACACUCGUUUGGUGUAUUUUGAAAAUCCGUAAGGAGCCGCGAGUCGGUGAGAGAAACCCGGCGGGAGUGAAGAAGCUGACAAACCCUGUCGGUUUAAUGGUUUUUCCGGUAUAUGCAUCGUUUUAAGCGCGGGAAGUGGCCGAAUGAGAGACUCAACGUGUGUAAACAGUUCCAGCUCCCAUCGCAAGUCUCCGUCCCACCGCCAAGACGAGUCUCCCGUGUCCUUGUCCAAACUCUCGCUCAGAAAUGGGCAGGGCGACACGGAGAAACUCGCAAACAAGUUCGAGGAGGGCCAGGAUGUUCUAGCUCGCUGGUCCGAUGGCCUGUUUUAUCUGGGGACAAUCACGAAGAUAAACAAACAAAAGCACUGCUGUUUUGUGGUUUUUGAAGACCAGUCGAAAUCUUGGGUUCUUUGGAAGGACAUUCAGACAGGGGACAGUGGAGGGGAAAUGCUCUGCACCAUAUGCCAGAAUGAAAGCUCAGAACCGCCCAAUGAAAUAGUCAUCUGUGACAAAUGUGGACAAGGAUACCACCAGCUCUGCCAUGCACCGGUCAUCGAUGCCAGUGUGAUUGCGUCGGACGAUAAAUGGCUCUGCCGAGAGUGUGUGUUCGCCACGACGACAAAGAGAGGUGGUGCGCUGAAGAAAGGGCCGAACGCCAAAGCGCUGCAGGAGAUGAAGCAGUCGCUGCCGUAUUCCCUGGAGGAGUUGGUGUGGGACCAGGGCCAUAAAACCAACAUCCAGCAGUGCUACUGCUACUGUGGAGGGCCUGGAGAGUGGUAUCUGAAAAUGCUGCAGUGUAACAGAUGUAAGCAGUGGUUUCACGAAGCGUGCAUUCAGUGUUUACAGAAACCCAUGCUCAACGGAGACAGGUUUUAUCAGUUUAUUUGUUCAGUUUGCAGUAGUGGACCAGAGUACCUCAAACGACUGCCUCUGAGAUGGGUAGAUGUUGCACACCUAAGCCUCUACAAUCUGAGCGUUAUUCACAAAAAGAAAUACUUCGACUCGGAACUCGAGCUCAUGGCCUUUAUUAACGAGAACUGGGACAGGCUUCAGCUCGGAGAGCUCACAGACGUCCCCAAAUCGGAGCGCUACGAAAGAAUUCUGGAUGCACUUAAUAACAACCCGACCAUGUUUAUGUCUGGGAAGGAGAUCAAGAAGAAGAAACAUCUGUUUGGGUUACGGAUCCGAUUCCCUCCGGGCCCGCAGAACUCAGAAUCUCCCUCGGACCGGGAACAGGAAAAAGCCUCACAUGAGAUUAAGAUUAAGGGCAGGAAGUCCAUGAAGCCGCCUCAUCCAAACAGCAUGGUCACCAACGGAGUGGUGAAGAAAGGGAAGAGGAAGCAUCGCUCGCACUCGUUGGAGACGCUGGCCAAGCUGAGACGAUCAGAAGAGCUUCUGGCACAGAAUCACAUGAAGUUCCCAACUGCAGAGAACAACUCGCUGGACGUGACCACAUCUAAAAGCGUCAAAGCUGAAAAGUCUGCGCCAUCAUCGAGUACCUCAGACGCCGACUCCGUUAGUGCCACCACUAUGAGCGAAACUACCUCAACUAUUGUAUCCAGUCUUAGCAGCUCCAGCAGGACUCUGGUGCCUCAGCCCCCGGUGAAGAGGGGUCGAGGACGUCCGAGACGAGCGCUGCAGCCCCCCAACCCCGAGAUUCCUCCUCCGCCUCCACAGCCCGAGCCCACGCCCGCACCCACGCCCACGUCCCCGCCUGCAUCGCUCUCACGCUUCCCCCCUACCCCCAUAACCCAGGGCCUGGACUCGAGCGCUCAGCUCAGCCUCCUCAGGAGCUCCAUCAGCAGCUACUUCGGCGCAGCCGGACGCAUGGCAUGUGGAGAGAAGUACCGCGUCCUGGCGCGCCGUGUCACCGACGACGGCAAAGUGCAGUACCUGGUGGAGUGGGAGGGUGUCACCGCAUCCUGAACCCCCACAUACACACACAUAUAUAUAUAUAUACACGCGCACACACACACACACACACACACAUACAUACACACUUCAGAACUAUGCUGUUUGGUAUGGUGAGGUAAGAAGUGUUUGCUUUUUUCUGGAAUGUAAGUGAACAGUGGAGCAGGAGGGUCUCCAGAGCGCGCACACACACAAUGUGCCAUUCAGUUUCACACUCUUCAGCUUCUUUACUAACAUUCGUGUCGUUCUGCGAGAGCGAUUAAACUGUGCCUCUUACCAUUACGUUUUAAACAAAAAACAAAACAAAAAAAAACUGCCUUGUAGGUUAUAGAUGUCACACGGGGCCGCGCAUCAGACACGUGCGGCGUUUCGACACGUCCUCGCCUACUUCCUGUCAUGCCUCCAACUCCAAACCUGCUCUAACUGUAAACACACGUCACGGCAGAAUCCGGACGCUUGUUGCGUCGUUUGUAGUUUAUUUCUUGUUGGGUUUUUUUUUCUGAGUUGAACACAAAGUAAAUAGUGCGCUAAUUGGCGUGAAAAUUUGCCGUUUUGAUCGAAUACUAAACCUCAGCUCCAUACUAGCUACGUCAUCAGAUCAGUACUGCUUCGACUUAACUCUGAGAUCUCCACUUCUUCCUUCCAUGUCUUUAUUUUUCUUCGUAACGUCUCUAAAUGCCUUGUGAGUUAGCACAACAAACGCGGUUCUUCCUUUUUACAUCGAAACUAAAAAUUGUGAGACACCGAAAUAAACCAAAACAAAACCCCUGAGUCUUUCAGUUCGAGACUUUUUAGCUCUUUCAAGUCAUUCUGGCUGAUGACAAGAAAUGUUCCGUUACUGGUCUGUUCUGUUCUGUUAGUGGAAGUGGGCGUGUUCGGGGGGGAAAAAAUUUUUUAUUUAAUGCGGGGGGAACCCCACGUGUCCCCGCCGUGCUCCUGAUGUGCAGGCACCCCAAAAAUAAAUAAAUAAAUAAAAAUCCAAUGCUGUAUGCUGCUGCAGAUUUAAAGUAUUGUUUGGUGGUGUGUUUUUUUUUUUGUUUGUUUGUUUUUUUUUUUAAUGUGUUUCUAUUUUUUUUUUCUUUUUUUUUUUUAAAAAUAAUUUUUUCCUGUACAAGAGAACAGCUUUCAGUUCAAUAGGGCACUUUUUUCUUUUUCCUUUCUUCUCUUAAAGUGCACAUUUUCUAUAAAUUCCACUCACCUUGCAUUGCACAUUAGUUCCUCGUCCUGUUUUAUCCAGGUGACCUUCAGACAGAAAUUCUCCAAGACCCAUUCUUUGUUUUAAGCUAUCAAUGGCAUUAAUUUUGAGGAGGCGGAGUUUUAGAUUGCAGGCGUGGUUACUGAGGUCCAUUGGUUUUUUUUUGUACCCCCCCUCUCUUUUUCUCUUUCCCCAUCUCUCUUUCACCCCCCCUUUCUUUCUCUCUCUCUCUCCCUCUCUCCCAACUCUGUCUGCCCCCCUCCCUCUCUUUCUCCCCUUCUCUUUCUCCCCCUCUUUUACCCUCUCUCUCUCUCUCUCUCCCUCCCUCUCCCUCUCUCUCUCUCUCUCUCUUGUCAUUUAUUGUCACACUGAGAGUCCUCAGACAAAACCUACCCCAUGUGUCAUACGGACUCGGUUACGUUGAGUGACGUUUCCCACGUCCACACGGGGAAGCGUCAGAGGUGAGGAUGUUCCUGGACUUCGCGUUGUCAGAUGUAAAGUAUGCACACUAUCAGAAGCUCAAGGAUCUUUAUUUUAGCGCCUUUUCCCUUUCCUGCGGCAUUUGUUUUUUUUUCGUUCCUAUGCAAACUCCUUUUUCAAAAGUGACUUUUUUUCAUUUCUAUUUUUUGUGUCUUGUUUUUUCGUUCAUCUGCUUCAGGAAAAUAAAACAGCAAUAUUUUUUUUUUCUUAUGAUCUCUCAGGCUUUUUUUUUAGUUUUAGUUUUGUUUUGUUUUUAAAGGUCUCGGUGCUAUUUAUUGCUUCGGGAAGAAAGAAAAAACUGUUCAGGAUGAUUUCUACUUCAGCGUACGAGCGUGAGGAGAAAACGUUCGGGUCUGAACCCGUGGUUUCGGCGCACGUAUGAUGGACGUCUUAAAGGAAAACUCCACCCUGAACACCUUCCUUCUUUAUACUCAACACCCAAGCUUCAGCUGCAUCCAAGAUUUUUAGUUUUUUGUUUAGUAAUGCAACCCUGAGACAUCUUCGUCUUUCCCUUAUUACCCACAGUGCUGUGCUGAUAGCAGUGCAAUCGGCUUUCGCUUUUAUUUCAUCUCUAGUUAAGAGAGAGCGAUGCAGCGGGGCUUUAAUGUUUUAGUCUGGUCUGGCUCUCUCCUCCUCCUCAUCCGUGUUUUCUGGUCAGCUUCAGCUAUCUGAGUCAGAAUUCCGCAAUGAAUCCUGGGAGUUUUUGAGUCCGCCAUUCUGAAGUCUCUACACUGUUCACUGGUUAAUAAAAGAUGCAUGAGAAAAGAAGUGCUGUCCUUCAUCUCGCUAGCAACAAAGGAUCAUCAUCAUCAUCAGAGCCCCACACACACCAUGACCAACACAUUAGCAGCAGAAUCAUCAAACCCAUCAGGAUGUAAACGCCCUCGCUGUGUCCCACGGUGGAGUUUUUCUUUAAUAAAGGUGGUGUAAUCUGUAGCUGUAAUGCGGAGUGUUUUGUUUCUCGUAAAGCAUUAAGUUCUGACUUUCUGAGACGUUUUGUUCUGUUCGGGCCGUGUUUUUGUUUCUAUACCGAAUGCCCUGAGUUUAUAAAUAAAUAAAUAAAUAAAUAAAAAGUGUUCUUGACCCACUCAUCUCUGAGCGCUGACCCGAUCAGCACACCUUUAUUUUAUUCUUUUUUUUCCUCGAUCUCAACACUGAUACCUCUUUUAUUUCAGUAAACGAUGUGUAUGAAAUGUUUCUUACUCGGUGUACCAGUUCUACAUUCAUACAGCUUUGCUUUGGUUUUUUUAAAUUUUUUUUUACUGGCUUUUUGAGCAGGCUUUCUGUAGCCAAAGAAUAAAUUUCAUCAAAUUAAAA